AUGAAUAUUCAAAGUUAAAAUAAUAGUGCUAGCUAUAUUUCAUCUCCGGAGCGUUCUUGGUGUAAGAAUAAAUAAAUGAUGGAUGAUGAAUUUGAGCCGCAGGAUAAAUAAAUGCUAGAUGAGACCAAUUCAAAAUUUUAGAGUCAAUGCUUGAUUGAGGAUCCUCCUAGUAAGUUCAUUCAAUGAUAGUAUAGUGUAAAAUGAAAACGCUCUGUCUCAAAACUCGUUUCAUUAUGAGGAGCAACAAUAGAUGAUGCAAGCUGAAAUUCUGAGCCCCUCUAAAUUGCUGAGAACAGGCAACGAGCCUAAAAGCACCUUAUCAUUCGAUAUCAAAUUAGAACAAACCUCGAUACAAGAGGAGCCUAUAGUGAAUUCGAGAACGAGGAGGAAAGCGAGCAAAGCCAAUUACAAUGUACGAAUAAUCGUUUAUUUUAACCCAAGGUUGACGACUCUCCUACGAUGGACUCUGAAAUUAGGCCUUGUCAUUGUUCGAAAACGAAUUGUUUAUAACUAUAUUGCUCUUGUUUUCACAAUAGGAGAUAGUGCACACAAGAGUGCAAAUGUUCGGAGUGCUUUAAUGAUGGAUAACAUUCGGAUGAAGUUCUUAAGGCAAUAGAAUAGAUUAAAAUCAAGGAAUAAAGGGCAUCGCACCACGAUCUUGAUUCAUUUGACACAAGAUAGGUUUGGGGAUGUAAAUGCAAAAAAACUUAGUGCAUGAAAGGAUAUUGCGAAUGUUUUAUCAGAAACAAAAAAUGCAGUUCCCACUGCCAAUGCUCUAAUUGCCAAAAUAAAAAAUAAAAAACAUCAAUAAACAAGAAAAUUAAAAAAAUAUGA